CAUGAGCAGUUGUUAAGUGGAAAAUGGAGGCUGAAUUUUACAUGGCGAUUCUUACCUGCUUGCUCUUCAGGAACUCAGAGGGGUUUCAGAUUGUCCACGUCCAGAAACAGCGGUGCCUUUUUGAAAAUAAGAUAGUUGCCGUGGGCUUCUGCAAUGGGACCAGCCAGAACCAGCAGUGGACAUGGACGGAGGAUGGAAAGCUCCUUAAUGUUAGAUCUGCGCUGUGCCUGGGCAUCUCCAACUCCACGAAGGGCCCUUCCCAACCAGCCAUCUUUGCCCACUGCUCCCAGGCACCCCGAUGGACCUGCUAUGAGCAGGAAGGGUUCCUCCAGGUGGAAAAUGCCUCUCUGUUUCUCAAGAAAGAAGGCUUCAAGGUAGUGGUCAAGAGGGGCAGGAAAUACCUCCAUAGCUGGAUGAAAAUAGACGUCGACAAAGAGGGAAAACCAGUCAAUGAAAGCCUCUGCUUAAAAAAAGCUGGCCUGGGAGCAGAAGUUCCGUUAUGGAGCACGAGAAACACGGCUCCCCUCCAGAUCUCCACUACCUUCCACGCCGUUCCAUACAGCCCGGGACACCUUGUGGGGAAUACCACCGAGGCCUUCACCAGAAGUACCACAGAAACCUAUGGCCAGAACAGCAGCCAGGGGCAGCACCCCACUCUGCAGGUGGCUGGAACUGCAGAGGCGUCCUGGGUGCCCUGGACUGCUUGGCCCUUCUCCAGCUCCACUGAAGAGACGGGAGUGGGGGAGCCACAGAGAUGUAACUUCACCCUGACGGAGUCCAGGGUCUCCAGCCAGUCGGUGUCUCUCCGGUGGAGAACUUUGGGGUCACCGUGUAACUUUAGCCUCAUCUACAGCAGUGACACAUCGAACGUCACGUUUUGCCACCCCAUGCGGAUAGACAACACCACCUAUGGAUGUAACCCCAAGGAUUUACAGGCGGGAACCGUCUAUAACUUCAGAAUUGUGUCUCUGGACGGAGAAGAGAAGACUGUGAUCUUGCAAACAGAUCCUCUACCUCCCGCCAGGUUUGAAGUCACUGAAGAGAAGACGACUUCGACCAGCUUGCGUGUUUGGUGGACUCCUUCUUCUGGGAGAGUCACCUGGUAUGAAGUGCAGUUAUUGGAUGAUAACCAAAACAUACAAGAGACCAAAAUCCAAGCAAGUACUUCAAGGAAUGAAUACAUGUUUUCUAACCUCACUGCUGGUAGUAGAUACAAUAUCACCAUCACAGCCUUCUCCGGAGAGAAACGUUCCUUGACAAUUUACACCAAUGGAUCAACAGUGCCAUCUCCGGUGAAAGAUAUUGGUAUUUCAGCAAAAACUAAUUCACUCCUGAUUUCGUGGUCCCAUGGCUCUGGGAACGUGGAAAGAUACCGGCUGAUGCUAAUGGAUAAAAGGAUCCUAGUUCAUGGCAGUGUAGUGGAUGGACACGCUACUUCCUACACUUUUCACAGCCUGGCGCCAGGCCACCUGUACAACCUCACCAUCGUGACCGAGGCUGCAGGGCUACAGAGCUACAGAUGGACACCAGCCAGGACGACCCCCAUGGCAGUCUCAAAUCUGAGGGUGGCAAAUGAUGGCACUUCGACCUCUCUGAAAGUCAAGUGGCAAAGACCUUCUGGAAAUGUGGAUUCCUACAACAUUACCCUGUCUCACCAAGGCACCAUCAAGGAAUCCAGAAUGUUGGCACCUCAGGUUACUGAAACCCAAUUUAAAGACUUAACCCCUGGACGACUUUAUCAAGUUACCAUCAGCUGUGUCUCUGGUGAACUGUCUGCUCAGAAGGCAGCAGUGGGCAGAACAGUUCCAGAGAAAGUUGGGAACCUGGAGGCCAACAGCAAUGGUUCUCUGAGGUCCCUAGUGGUGAGUUGGUCACCCCCUGCUGGAGACUGGGAGCAGUAUCGUAUCCUGCUCUUCAAUGAUUCUUCAGUUCUCCUCAACGUCACCGUGGGAAAGCAGGAAACGCACUAUGCCCUAGAUGCCGUGGGGCUCACACCGGGAAGACAGUACGAGGUGGAAGUCACCGUUGAGAGUGGAAAUCUGAAGAAUUCUAAGCGCUGCCAUGGCAGAACAGUCCCCCUGGCUGUCCUCCAGCUUCGUGUCAAGCAUGCCAAUGAAACCUCCCUGAGUGUCACGUGGCAGACCCCUGCAGCAGAAUGGGAGAAAUACAUCAUUUCACUUGCUGACAGAGACCUUUUACUCAUCCACAAGUCGCUCCCCAGAGAUGCCCAAGAAUUCACUUUUACUGACCUGGUGCCUGGGCGAAAAUACGUAGCUACAGUCACCAGUAUUAGUGGGGACUUAAAAAAUUCAUCUUCAACAAAAGGAAGAACAGUGCCUGCCCAAGUGACUGGUUUGCAUGUGGCCAACCAAGGGACAAUCAGCAGUCUAUUUACUAACUGGACCCGGGCGCUGGGAGACAUAGAGUUCUACCAAGUCCUACUGAUCCAUGAAAACGUGGUCAUCAAAAACGAAAGUGUCUCCAGUGAGACCAGCAAAUACAGCUUCCACUCCCUCAAGCCGGGCAGCCUCUACUCCGUGGUGGUCACCACAGUAAGCGGAGGGAUCUCUUCCCGACAGGUGGUCAUGGAGGGGAGGACAGUCCCCUCGAGUGUGAGUGGAGUGACGGUGAACAACUCUGGCCGUAAUGACUACCUCAGCAUUUCCUGGUUACCGGCUUCAGGAGAUGUGGACAGCUACGUGGUGACCCUCUCCCACGACAGCAGGGUGGUCCAGUCCCUCAUUAUUGCCAAGUCCGUCAGCGAAUGCUCCUUCAGCUCCCUCACCCCCGGCCGCCUCUACAACGUGACCAUAACCACAAGGAGUGGCAUGUAUGAAAGUCAUGCCUUCAGCCAAGAGCGGACAGUGCCCGACAAGGUCCAGGGAGUUAGCAUUAGCAACUCAGCCAGGAGUGACUACCUAAAGGUGUCCUGGGUGCACGCCGCUGGGGACUUUGAUCACUACGAAGUCACCAUUAAAAACAAAAACAAUUUCGUUCAAACCAAGAGCAUCCCCAAGUCUGAAAACGAGUGUGUGUUUGUUAAGCUAGUCCCUGGACGUCUGUACAGUGUCACUGUCAGCACAAGAAGUGGACAAUAUGAGGCCAGCGAGCAGGGGAACGGGAGAACAAUCCCGGAGCCCGUUACGGAUCUCACCCUGCGGAAUCGGAGCACUGAGGAUCUUCAGGUGACCUGGUCACGAGCCAACGGGGACGUCGACCAGUAUGAGAUCCAGCUUCUCUUCAAUGACAUGAAAGUAUUUCCUCCUUUUCACCUUGUAAAUACUGCAACUGAGUAUCGAUUCACCUCCCUGACCCCAGGGCGCCAGUAUAAAAUUCUUGUCUUGACCAUCAGUGGAGACGUGCAGCGGUCAGCCUUCAUUGAGGGCUUCACAGUUCCUAGCACUGUCAAAAAUAUUCACGUUUCUCCCAAUGGGGCCACAGACAGCCUGACGGUGAAGUGGACCCCUGGCGGGGGAGAUGUUGACUCCUACACGGUGUCAGUGUUCAGGCAGAGUCAGCAGGUUGAGUCUCAGACCGUCCCCAAGCACGUCUCUGAGCACACGUUCCACCGGCUGGAGGCAGGGGAGCAGUACCAGGUGGUGGUCGCCUCGGUCAGCGGGUCCCUGAGGAACCAGGUGGACUCGCUCGGACGGACAGUCCCAGCUUCCGUCCAGGGAGUAACUGCAGACAAUGCCUACAGCAGCCACUCCUUAAUGGUAAGUUGGCAGAAAGCUGUGGGCGUGGCAGAAAGAUAUGACAUCCUGCUUCUCACUGAAAACGGGAUCCUUCUGAGCAACACCUCAGAGCCAGCCACCACAAAGCAGCACAAAUUUGAAGACCUAACACCAGGAAAGAAAUACAAGAUACAGAUCCUAACCGUGAGUGGAGGCCUCUUCAGCAAGGGAGCCCAGGCUGAAGGCCGCACAGUCCCAGCAGCUGUCACCAACCUGAGGCUCACAGAGAACUCCACCAGACACCUGUCCUUCCGCUGGACCACCUCCGCGGGCGAGCUCAGCGGCUACAACAUCUUUCUGUACAACCCGGAUCGGACUCUUCAGGAGCGAGCUCAGGUUGACCCGCACGUCCAGACCUUCUCUUUCCAGAACUUGCUGCAAGGCCGGAUGUACAAGAUGGUGAUCGUCACUCACAGUGGCGAGCUGUCUAACGAGUCUUUCAUGUUCGGGAGGACAGUCCCAGCUGCUGUGAGCAACCUCAAGGGAUCCAGUCGGAACACGACAGACAGUCUCUGGUUCAGUUGGAGUCCAGCCUCUGGGGACCUCGACUUUUAUGAGCUGAUUCUCUACAACCCCAAUGGCACGAAGAAGGAAAACUGGAAAGACAAGGACCUGACAGAGUGGCGUUUUCACAGCCUUGUCCCUGGAAGGAAGUACACGCUGUGUGUGGUCACUCACAGUGGAGACCUCAGCAACAAGGUCACGGGGGACAGCAGAACAGCCCCAAGUCCUCCCAGUCUUAUGUCAUUUGCUGAUGUUGCAAACACGUCCUUGGCCAUCACCUGGAAGGGGCCACCAGACUGGACAGACUACGAUGACUUCGAGCUGCAGUGGUUCCCCAGAGAUGCAGUCACCGUCUUCAACCCCUACAACAACAGAAAAUCGGAAGGCCGCAUCGUGUACGGUCUUCGUCCGGGGAGAUCCUAUCGAUUCAGUGUCAGGACUGUCAGCGGCGAUUCCUGGAAAACCUACAGCAAACCGAUUUUUGGAUCUGUGAGGACAAAGCCGGACAAGAUACAGAGCCUGCACUGCCGGCCGCAGAACUCCACGGCCAUUGCCUGUUCUUGGAUCCCUCCUGAUUCCGACUUUGACGGGUACAGCGUUGAAUGCCGGAAAAUGGACACUCAGGAAGUUGAGUUUUCCAGAAAGCUGGAGAAAGAAAAGUCUCUGCUCAACAUCAUGAUGCUCGUGCCCCACAAGAGGUACCUGGUGUCCAUCAAGGUGCAGUCCGCCGGCAUGACCAGCGAGGUGGUGGAAGACAGCACCAUCACCAUGAUAGACCGCCCGCCUCCUCCACCUCCACACAUUCGUGUGAAUAAAAAGGAUGUGCUCAUUAGCAAAUCUUCCAUCAACUUUACUUUCAACUGCAGCUGGUUCAGCGACACCAACGGGGCUGUGAAAUACUUCACCGUGGUGGUGAGAGAGGCUGACGGCAGUGAUGAGCUGAAGCCAGAACCGCAGCACCCGCUGCCCUCCUACCUGGAGUACAGGCACAACGCCUCCGUUCGAGUUUAUCAGACCAAUUAUUUUGCCAGCAAAUGUGCGGAAGGUCCUGACAGCAACUCCAAGAGUUUUAACAUCAAGCUUGGAGCAGAGAUGGAGAGCCUAGGGGGGAAAUGCGAUCCCAACCAGCAGAAAUUCUGUGAUGGACCGCUGAAGCCACGCACUGCCUACAGAAUCAGCAUUCGGGCUUUCACGCAGCUGUUUGAUGAGGACCUGAAGGAGUUCACAAAGCCACUCUAUUCAGACACGUUUUUCUCCUUGCCCAUCACCACUGAAUCAGAGCCCCUGUUUGGAGUCAUUGAAGGUGUGAGCGCAGGCCUGUUCUUAAUCGGCAUGCUGGUGGCGGUUGUGGCCGUAUUCAUUUGCAGACAGAAAGCCAGCCACGGCAGAGAACGGCCCUCUGCCCGCCUAAGUAUUCGCCGGGACCGGCCGCUGUCUGUCCACCUGAACCUCGGCCAGAAAGGUAACCGGAAAACGUCUUGCCCAAUAAAAGUAAAUCAGUUUGAAGGGCACUUCAUGAAGCUGCAGGCCGACUCCAACUACCUUCUCUCCAAGGAGUACGAGGACUUAAAAGACGUGGGACGAAACCAGUCGUGUGACAUCGCACUCUUGCCGGAGAACAGAGGGAAAAACCGGUACAACAAUAUAUUGCCCUACGAUGCCUCGCGAGUGAAGCUGUCCAACGUGGAUGAUGACCCAUGCUCUGACUACAUCAACGCCAGCUACAUCCCUGGAAACAGCUUCAGGAGAGAAUACAUCGCUACUCAGGGCCCUCUUCCUGGCACCAAGGACGACUUCUGGAAAAUGGCGUGGGAACAGAACGUCCACAACAUCGUCAUGGUGACCCAGUGUGUGGAGAAAGGCCGGGUAAAGUGUGACCAUUACUGGCCAGCGGACCAGGAUUCCCUCUACUACGGGGACCUCAUCCUGCAGAUGCUCUCGGAGUCUGUGCUGCCCGAGUGGACCAUCCGGGAGUUCAGGAUAUGCAGCGAGGAACAGCUCGAUACACACAGACUCAUCCGCCACUUUCACUACACGGUGUGGCCAGACCACGGGGUUCCGGAGACCACGCAGUCCCUGAUCCAGUUUGUGAGAACCGUCAGAGACUACAUCAACAGAACCCCCGGGGCCGGGCCCGCCGUGGUGCACUGCAGUGCUGGUGUGGGCAGGACCGGAACCUUCAUCGCCUUGGACCGAAUCCUCCAGCAGUUAGACUCCAAGGACUCCGUGGACAUUUAUGGAGCUGUGCACGACCUAAGACUUCACAGGGUGCACAUGGUCCAGACCGAGUGUCAGUACGUCUACCUGCACCAGUGUGUGAGGGACGUCCUCAGGGCAAGGCGGCUGCGGAGCGAGCAGGAGAACCCCUUGUUCCCCAUCUAUGAGAACGUGAACCCGGAGCACCUCAGAGACGCGGGCUACUCAAGGCAUUGAGAAUGUGUCUGAAGAUCUCCUGGAUAAAAACUAUUCACUGUGUGACUUUCUUACAGACUUGCUUCAUGCCCUACAGAGGUGCCAGCUAUUUCUGUUGAUACUAUGUAUAAUUUAUUAAUCUGGAGAAUGCCAAAGAAUUUAUGUAAUUUAAAGGUAACAGAGAUUAUUGUACAUAGUUGUAUUUUGUAGUUUCUUCUGUAAAUAUGUAUUUUUCACAAUGUUUGAUGUUAAUCUUUAUAUGAUGCUAUUUUUCCACACUGACGUGUUCAUGGGCUGUUCAGCAUAAACUGGCUGGCCUGUGUGACGGGAGUGCUGGUGACGUGUGUGGAGGUAGCUGCAGAGGGCCCCUGGGGCCACGGUUUG